AUGGCCGCAAAACACGCACCUCUGCCGAUAUCGAGGUUAAGCCAUCGCAUUCGGAGUCGGUCAAGUGUAGCCACGGCACCCAGUGAGGGCCUCCGCGUUCGCCUUUUGCGUGCAAUUGUCUGCUCAACUCUGCGCAUAUUAUCUUAUGCCGCAUCUAAGUUCGAACGGGACUGGGAGUUCAACCCUGCAGAAGGGAAAUACGUCUUCUCGCGACGACACACUAUCUCUACGUCUCCCACUGCCACUCGGCAAACCCCCAGGCAAACGACGCGGUCGCCCAAGGUAGAAAAAUCUAUUUCCCCUCGCCAGCGGCAUGUCAAUGGCGAGAGGCUCCGAGAGAUACUCGACAAUGGUCGACCCCGGAUUGCGCCAGGCACGUAUUCAAUCAACGGUGCGACUCACGAGAAGGACCUAUAUACCCCAAACGCAUCACCUCGCUUUAUCGAUUCGAAGAGCCGACAUGCACCUCUUGAUGUGGCGCACAUACCUCGCCUUGCUCCGCCUGCCGAUAUCGUUUCGGGGGCAUUGAACAACCCUAGACGAAGGCCGAAUCCCAACCAUGAGGCGUCAAAUGGCCCUCUCUAUUCAACCUCCAGCCCGAAUAAAAGGCCUAUAUUGACUCAUCAAUCCUCAACCUCCUCUUCGCUAGACGAUCUUGCCUCGUCGGCCUCCCUGUUACCAGGGACUCCUUUGCAGCCUCAGUUUCCCCAACUCUCUUCCACACCAUUAAACAACCCUCAUCCCCUUGCGAAACAACGAACGCCCUCACAGAAUGCAUUGAUGGAACAAGAUGCCAUUGAAACACUCUUGUUCAUGUCUAGUCCUGAGAAUUCGGGAUAUUUUCCAGGCUCCCAGCAACAUCCCAGACCGCCCAUUCCACGCAGCGCAAACAUAACUCCACUCUUAUCCGCAUUCGGGUCCGAAUCAGCGUCCACUGGCUCAGUCAUGGAGACUGAUCAUGACGCAGGUCGACGCGCCGCUAUACAACGCACGACGCUCGUUAACAAUGGUACCAACGGAGGAGCGUAUGGCUGUUAUGCGCAUAGCCGCAUUCCCAGCGGAGCGGGACUCGAGCACGAGGCGGGGGAUGAAAUAGACCGCAUGCUUGACGAGAUGGUAGACAGCGACGAGGAGCUGGGGUUCAAGUGGCUUCCAGCCUCAACGAAUCAGGCAAACACGUCCAGCUUGCAGCCAAAUGUCGCCGGUUCAGGCACUUUAAGCUGA